CUAAGCUAAGGUCUGGUUUUUGUGUAUUUGCUUUAGUUUUUUGUAACGCACGGAUAUGGAGACGGCGAGAGAACACAUAGAGGAGAUACGUAAGGAAAAGUUUUCGAUUGGCGGGAAAGAGAACCCAUUGACGGAGGAUCUUCACCAGGCCGUCAAGAACCUCUCUGCUGAACUUUAUGCUAAAGAUGUCCACUUCCUCAUGGAACUCAUUCAGAACGCUGAAGACAACAAUUACUUGGAGGGGGUGGAUCCAUCGCUUGAGUUCAUCAUAACUUCUCAGGACAUUACGGCCACGGGAGCUCCGGCGACAUUGCUGAUUUUCAACAAUGAAAAAGGUUUCUCUUCUAAGAAUAUAGAAUCCAUUUGCAGUGUUGGUCGCUCCACCAAGAAAGGCAACCGGAAACGCGGUUAUAUUGGAGAGAAAGGAAUUGGGUUCAAGAGUGUCUUUCUGGUUACUGCUAAGCCAUACAUAUUCAGCAAUGGGUAUCAGAUUCGGUUCAACGAAGAGCCUUGCCCACAUUGCAAUCUUGGUUACAUUGUCCCUGAAUGGGUGGAAGAGAACCCAACUCUUUCUGCCAUAAAACAAAUAUAUGGUUCUGGAAAAACUCUUCCAAUGACAACGAUAGUCUUACCUCUGAAGCCGGAUAAAGUCAAACCUGUGAAGGAAGAGCUCUCCAGCAUUCAUCCUGAAGUUCUGCUGUUCCUUGCAAAGAUAAAGCGGCUUUCUAUCAGGGAACAUAAAAAGAAAUCAAGACUCAGUACCGUCAAUGCAAUAGCUAUUAUGAGUGAGACUGACUUUGUGAUGAAGAAGAGCAUUGAUGCUGAAUCCUACACACUCCAUCUCUUAGCCGUGGAAAAGGAUAAGGGGCCCGACAAAGAAUGCAGUUACUACAUGUGGAAGCAGAAGUUUCCUGUUAGGCAAGAAAACAAAGUGGAAAGGAGAAUGGAAGUAGAAGAGUUGAUGUUCACUAACUUUCCCUUCAUAAUCCAGGCAGAUUUUCUUCUUGCAUCAUCAAGGGAAACAAUCCUCUUGGACAACAAGUGGAACAAAGGGAUUCUGGAUUGUGUGCCCUCUGCUUUUAUCAAUGCUUUGGUCUCGCUAACGAUCAGAACAUCAGAAAAUGCUCCAGUAUCUAGUUUGGCUCCCAUGUUCAAGUUCAUUCCUGUCAACAGCUCUUCUUAUCAAGAGUUGAAUAUCAUGAGGGAGUCAAUCAAAGCAAAGCUUCACGAAGAAAAUAUUGUUCCAAGUGAGUCCUACACAAAGCAGAAAUAUUUUCAUAAACCUCGAGAAGUUGGUAGGCUUAUGCCUGCUUUCUGGAACAUAUUGGAGAAGGCAAAGAAGGAAGGGGUGAGCUUGCUUGAUCUCUCAUCCCAUGGAAAUUAUAUUUUGAGUUCUGCAUUUGAUAGAAAGGAGUAUGAUCACAUAUUGAGUUUCUUGGGAGUGGAACCUGUCAACAACAACUGGUAUGCGAAGUGCAUCGGGAGUUCUAAUCUCGUUGUAGGAGUGUCAGAGGAGCUUUAUUUGGAGAUUUUACUGUUCGUUGCCGAUAAUUGGAACUCCAAAUUUCACAACACCAACAUAAGGAGCAUACCACUAAUAAAAUAUGUGGGUCUUGAUGGCGAUGUGUCUUUGUGCAGCGUAAAUGAAUGCACAUCUAGGAACCAGAAGAGGGUGGUCUCCUUAUCAAAAAUGAACGGUCAGGCGUCAUGGCUGGUUGACUGCAACAGGGAAUUCAAAUGUGUGGGCGAUCAUUUUUUUGUGCCAAAAAGCACACGACAAGCUAUCACCUCCUUCUCUAAGAGGGUCACAAUGUUGGAAUGGCUUCAAACUCAUGUGAAUAUUAAUACUGUUAAAGUAUAUGACUAUGCCGUUCACCUUAACAAUUCUCUCAAUAAUGACCGGAAGCUUGCUGUUGCCUUUGUUCACUUCUUAUAUCUCUCUCUCGAAAAAAAAUAUCUUUCAAAAGAGGAAGUGAAUUGUUUGUGUGGUAUUAUGCCUCUUGUAGAUAACUAUGGAGGUCUAAGCACACAAAGGAAAGGUGUCCUUGUCCCAGCUAAUGGAAGCAAAUGGGUGGGAUUGAUUGGUUCGAAUCCUUGGAGAGGUAAAGGCUAUGUUGAGUUAGCAGAAAACUACUUGCAUCCAGGUUGUUUUGCAGGUGAAUCUACUUCUGGAGAAGGGCUAUUAAAUUUUCUAAAAACUCAUGUUGCAGCUUCUGAUAUCCCUUAUAUAUCUCCUCCCAAUGCUGCAAUUCCUGCUGUUUCUGCACCACUUACCAUUGAAAAUGCUUUCUUACUGUUGGAUUGGAUUCGAAACCUGAAACGCAGAGGAAGUUCGAUUCCAGAGAACUUCUUGAAAUGCAUAAAGGAAGGUAGCUGGCUUAAGAUUACUGUCAAUGGCUGUUCUGGUUACAGGCCACCAUCUCAGUCAUUCAUGUUUACCUCUUCAUUGGGAAACACUUUGCAAAAUGGAUUAGUGCCUGUUGAUAUUCCGUUAAUUGAUCUAAGUUUCUAUGGAGAUAGAAUAAAUCAAUACAGGGAAGAGCUUGCGACUAUUGGAGUCAUGUUCGAGUACAAAGAAGCAUGUAAAUAUAUUGGGAAGCAUCUUAUGUCUCUUGCAGCUUCCUCCACUUCAAGUAGAGUCCAUUUGCUUUCUGUUCUAAAUUUCAUCAGAUUCUUAAGGGAUAAAUUUCUUCCUCUGGGCGAAUUCAUCAACAGUAUCAAAGGAAAAAGAUGGAUAAGAACAUCCCAUGGUGACAGGUCUCCAGUUGGAUCUGUUUUGUUUGAUCACGAAUGGAGAAUUGCAUCUCAAAUCAGUGACAUCCCCUUCAUUGAUGUAGAUUAUCAUGGGGAGGAAAUCCUUGCUUUUGAAGAGGAACUCAAGUCGCUUGGUGUGUUAAUUGGAUUCUGUGGAAAUUACAAGCUCGUUGAAGACAGCUUAAAAUCACCUUCAUGCUUGACUUCGCUGAAAGCUGAGGCUGUUCUUUUGAUCCUGGAAUGUAUACGCCAUUCUAGAUCAUCCAACAAACUCAUUGAGGCAUUGAAAGGUGUGAAAUGCUUCAAGACGGAUUUCGGUUACAAUUCUCCAGGAGAGUGUUUCUUGUUUCACUCACAAUGGGGUAGCAUCCUACAGGUUUUCAGAGGUUUCCCAUUGAUUGAUGAUGAUUUCUAUGGAAGCAGCAUCUUUGAUUACAGGAAUGAGUUGAAGCAAACAGGGGUGAAGGUGGACUUUGAGGAUGCGGUCAAAGUAUUUGCUCAAAGUUUCAGGCAGCAUGCUUCUUCCAUGACGAAAGAAAAUGUUCUCUCUUUCCUAUCAUGUUGCAGACAGCUAAAGGACACUCCUUAUAAGUUUCCUUCUGAUUUUAAGAAAUGCAUCCGUGAGGAGAAGUGGUUGCGGACUCGGCUAGGUGAUUCUAGAUCUCCAAGCAAUUGCAUUCUGUUUGGAUCAGAUUGGCAAUCAAUUUCUCCAAUUACUCUCCUCCCUUUCAUAGAUGAUAGUGACAACUAUUAUGGCAAGGGAGUUCAUGAAUACAAGAAAGAGCUUGAGAUGAUGGGGGUUGUUGUUGAUAUCAAAGACGGUGUGAAGUUCAUAGCUGCUGGUCUUCAUUUUCCCCAAGACCCCUCCCUCAUAACUCCUGGAGAUGUGAUUGCAUUGCUAGAAUGCAUCCGCAAUUUAUUGCAAGAUAAGAAUUAUUCCUUUCCGGACAAUUUCAGGAAAAGAAUUUCCAAGAAAUGGUUGAAGACCCCGGUUGGUUAUAGGCCUCCAGACAAGUGCGUACUGUUCCAUUCCAGAUGGGGUUCUUUUUUGAAGCAGACAGAUGGACCUUUUGUUGAUGACGGUUUUUAUGGUUCUAGUAUUACAUCCUACAAAGAAGAGCUCAGAGCAAUUGGGGUCACUGUUGAUGUGGACAAAGGAUGCCCAUUGAUUGCCAGCCACCUUGAUUUCCAUCUUGAAUUUUCUACUAUUGUUCGAAUGUAUAAUUAUUUGAGUGAGUUUAAUUGGGAGCCAGACAGUGAAGCUGCCAAAAGGAUUUGGAUUCCAAAUGGAAGUCAGAAUGGAAAUUGGGUCAGCCCUGUAGAAUGUGUUUUGCAUGACAAGGAUGGCCUCUUUAGUUUGCAGCUUCAGGUUUUGGAGAAACACUAUGAGCGAAAUUUACUUAGCUUUUUCUCCAAUGCUUUCCAUGUUAGAGGCAAUCCUUCAGUUGAUGAUUACUGCAAGCUUUGGAAUGUUUGGGAAAGCUCAGGAUACCCAUUGUCGCAUGCUGACUGUUCUAAGUUCUGGGUUUAUGUUUCGAAGCACUGGAGCGAAAAGACUGAGAGAACUCUUGCUGAUAACUUGGUGAAAUUACCUGUCGGUUCAGGCUCAGAAGAAAUAUUGCUGUCCAACAAGCAUGAUGUUUUCAUUGCUGACGAUCUCCAACUGACGGAUCUUUUUGAGCAGUUUUCUCCUCAUCCAUUAUUUGUUUGGUACCCUCGGCAAAGCUUGCCUUCUUUAACUCGGACUAUGUUGCUUGAAAUUUACAGGAAAAUCGGGGUUCGGACGAUAUCCGAAUCUGUUCAGAAGGAAGAAUCAUCCUUAGUGGAUGUUGCUCAUCCCAGUCCGGUGAAACGAAAGGAUGUUUUGCUUAAGAAAGGGCUGGUUCGGCUCAUCCUCGGUUUUCUAGCCUGCCCUACAAUGAAAAUGGAUGCUGAAAGGAGGCAUGAGGCUAUCAAAAGGCUUCUGAAUACUAUUUUCCUUCAGACAUUUGAACCCACCACGGUAAACUAUAGUUUAUCUCUUUCUUCUGGGGAAUUUGUCGAAGCAAAAGCAAGCCGAGUGGUACUUUGGGAUCGAGAGUCUUCAAAUUUCAUGGCACAGAAGUUGGACAGAUCUGGUGGAUACAAGAAUAUCAUCGAAUAUGCUACAUAUUUUUCUGAAGCAAUAUCCGAGGGUCUGCUAUGGGAGAACAGAGAUCGUAUUGGUGCACUCUCUGAGCUUAUAAAGUUUGGCUUCCUGCUGAAAUUUGAUGAGGAAGCAGUCAGGUUCUUAAUGAAGUCCAAGAAUUUGCAGAUUUUCAUGGAGGAUGAGGUGUUCCUCGCUUCUACCUUCCCUUCUGACUAAGUAUAACUGUGCUUCUUUCAUCUAUUUCCUUUAUAUGAAGACGGAAUCACUUGCUGCACUGCUGAUUCCAAUGCUCUGCCAUUUUCUUUUUUCUGGGCUUUUCUUUCUUUCUCUUUCUACGUUGGGAGUGCUUCUCUUGUAAUUAUGAACUAAAUGAUAAUGUGUGGUAUUGGUGUGCAUAUAAUUUAGAAAGGAUUUUUGUUUU